AUGGAAAACGGCCCGAAUAACACAACGGCGGGUCGCGAGACUGGGCGAUGCAUGUCGGUGGCUGCGAUGCAGGCGCUGCACCGUCUUAGGGAGUGUCGUCUGCUCUGCGACGCGAUCGUGCGCGCCGACGACGGCGCCGCCUUCCCCGUCCACCGCGCUAUACUCUCGGCUUGCAGUCCAUACUUCCUGGCACUAUUUACAACAACUUUACACUCUCGGGAGCAGAGCGAUGUGUUAAUAUCGGGCGUGCGCUCAGAGAUCCUACUCCUCUUGAUCGAAUAUGCAUACCUUCGUCGGAUUGAAGUCACUGAUACUAAUGUUCACGAACUCCUUAUGACCGCUGACUAUCUUGCUUUCCUUGGCGUCUUGCAAUUAUGUUCUGACCACCUAAAGGCUGCUUUGAAUCCAAAAAACUGCCUCGGCAUCAUGAUGUUUGCUAGACGAGUAUUUUGCUAUAAAUUGGAAGCAGAUUCCCGCAGAUAUUUGUUAAGGUAUUUUGUGACUGUAGCAACGCAGAGCGACGAGUUUCUUCACUUGCCGAUUGAUGAGUUAAAUAGCAUUAUACUCGAGGAUGAAUUGAAUGUGAAGAGCGAAGAGGUUGUAUGGGAAGCCGUUCUGCGUUGGGUUAACUACGAUCCGGAUGUGCGUUGGCAUCACACUGUGAAACUCAUGGGCAGCAUACGUCUCGGUUUAUUGGAUACGCAAUUCUUCUUGGAAAACGUCAAAGAUCAUCCAUAUGUUACUGGCAACGAAGGUUCGCGCCCUAUCAUCAUUGAGACGCUUAAAUUCCUAUACGAUUUAGAAAUGAUUGCACAGCGGGAUGGUGAAGUGGCGACUCCAGAGAUAGCACGACCACGUGUUCCACACGAGGUGCUUUUUGCCAUCGGUGGAUGGAGCGGUGGUUCUCCGACAGCAUUUAUUGAAACCUAUGACACGAGAGCUGAUCGUUGGAUUAAGGUGGAAGAAGUUGAUCCAGCAGGACCGAGAGCUUACCAUGGAACUGCUGUUUUGGGCUAUUGUAUUUACGUGAUUGGCGGAUUUGAUGGAAUGGACUAUUUCAAUUCAUGUCGCUGUUUUGACGCCGUUGCCAAAGUUUGGAGGGAGGUAGCACCAAUGAACGCACGUCGUUGUUAUGUGUCAGUGGCUGUGUUAGGAGAGACUAUAUACGCCAUGGGUGGUUACGAUGGUCAUCACCGUCAGAAUACAGCCGAGAGGUUCAAUCACCGCACCAACCAGUGGUCGCUCGUCGCUCCCAUGAAUGCUCAAAGAUCAGAUGCAAGCGCUGCGGCUUUAGACAAUAAAAUUUACAUCACCGGCGGAUUUAACGGCCAGGAGUGCAUGAACAGUGUGGAAGUAUACGAUCCUGAUACUAACCAGUGGACUAAUCUGGCGCCGAUGCGUUCGCGUCGCUCUGGGGUGUCAUGUAUUGCGUAUCACAAUAAGAUCUACGUGAUAGGAGGAUUCAACGGCAUAUCAAGAAUGUGUAGCGGGGAGGUAUUCGAUCCAAACACCAACACGUGGUCCCCGGUGCCGGACAUGUACAACCCUCGGAGCAAUUUUGCCAUCGAGGUCAUUGAUGACAUGAUCUUCGCUAUCGGAGGCUUCAACGGAGUCACCACCAUCUAUCACGUCGAAUGCUAUGACGAGCGGACUAACGAAUGGUAUGAGGCGACAGAUAUGAACAUCUACCGUUCAGCUCUCUCAGCGUGCGUCAUCAUGGGUCUUCCAAAUGUAUACGACUACAUUCAUAAACAUCGCGAGCGGCUCAUGGAGGAGAAAAGGCAGAAGAUUCUUCUCUCAGAGACAGCUAGACACGGACAACACCGCACUGCUCUACCUGAUGGUCCCAGGGGUGACUCGCGAUACCAGCAUAAUGUGCCCAGGCCGGUACAAAUAUUCGCGAGGAGGUGGAAUCAAACCCGCCAUUUUUGGAGUAGACGACAGGUGCAUCUGAUGGAAGAUAAUGAUGAUAUGUUGGAACAACUGGGAGUGAUGGAUAAUGACGUGCCCGUGCCGCCUCCUCCGCCACCGCCGCCACAGCCGAUGGAGCAGGAUAGGAAUUAA